UAUACAAACAACUGAAAUUAAUCAAAGCUCUUCUUGUAUUUACGGGCAAAAAAGAAAGAAUAUUCCCCGAUCUUUUAUCAGUGAAUCAUAGCUUCCUAUUCGUUACAGUCUUUUAAUUAAGCAUAACUUUCCAGGACUUUUAGUUGGAAGAAAGAACACGCUGAAUUAAUCGAGCAAGAGUUAGAAUCGGAGAGAUGAUCUUGUUCUUGAUUCCUUGCUCACUCCUUAUCUUCUUCUUCUUCUUUAGCAUAACAAGAUCUUCGAAAAAGCUCCCACUUCCACCAGGUCCAUAUCCAUGGCCAAUCGUAGGCAACCUUUUCCAAAUGGGAAAGAACGCUCAUAUCCGUCUCGCUGAGAUGGCCCAAGUGCACGGACAACUCAUGUCACUCCGUAUUGGUCAACUAAUUUUCGUAGUCGGAUCAUCACCUGCUGCGGCUUCGGAGAUUCUAAAGAACCAUGAUAAUGCGCUUUCUGGUCGAGAGGUAACAAGAUCACUACAAGAGGAAUCAUCUUUCCACAAUAUGAAUCUUGCUUUUACAUCGGAAAGCGGUGAUGACUGGAGGAAAAUUCGGAACAUCUACAUAUCAAACAUUUUUUCAAGCAAAGCUAUGGUAUCUCGUGCACACAUCAGAGAGACGAAAGUUAUGGAGAUGGUGAAGUACAUACGUUCAAAAGUUGGUGAGAACAUAAGUAUUAAAGAUGUCAUGGUUGUUACUGCCACUAACAUCAUGAGCAAUACAACAUUAUCCAUGGAUGUUAUGGACUUCGAAGGCAAUGGUAUAGGUGCAGGGAUUAAGGACACUGUAAGAAGACUUGCUUUGUUGCGUACACAGCCACAAUUAGCAGACUUCUGUCCAAUAUUUGGUCGCUGGGAUCUACAAGGCUGGAAGAAGAAGGUCAUGCAGAUUAUAGAACACGAAUUCGGAGAUAUUUGGAAGGAUAUCCUCGAAAGGAAAAGAAACGGAAGUCAUAUUUCCUCGGGUCAAAAAGACUUCACUGAUAUUUUAAUUGAAAGAGGCUUUACACAUCAACAAAUCAAUGCUUUGAUGGAGGAGUUAUUUUCGGCUGGAACAGAUUCUAUAGUUUCUACCACCGAGUGGUUUGUUGCGGAGCUUCUCAGAAACCAAGAAGUAAUGCAAAAGGCUAGGGAUGAAGUCCUGAGAACGAUUGAUAGAAAUGUAGUCAAAGAGUCAGAUUUGGUUCAUCUACCCUUUCUUGAAGCAUGCUUCAAGGAAACAUUAAGAUUACACCCCCCAGCACCACUUCUUCUACCUCAUAGAGCUAUCGAAACAUGUGAGGUGAUGGGAUACACUAUUCCAAAAGAUAGUCAAAUAUUGGUUAAUGUCUGGGCAAUAAGUCGUGAUCCCAAGAUCUGGGAGGACCCUUUGAGCUUCAAACCUAAAAGAUUUAUGGGAUCGGAGUUGAGUUCCAAAGGUAAAGAGUUCGAAUACCUUCCAUUUGGUGCAGGGAGAAGAAUGUGCCCUGGAGAACCAUUGGCUUCCAAGACAAUACUCCUAACAGUCGCCUCUUUGAUUUUAAACUUUGACUGGUUGCUUGUCAACAACAUGAAUCCUGAAGACAUUAACAUGGACGAGGUUUUGGAUUUACCAAUGCAAAAGAAAGAACCAUUACAUGUAAAUCUCAAGCUCCGUCAGUAGUUCAAGACUUGUUAAUAGUCAUAUACUCAUAUGCAUGUAAUUCCAAGGCCUUUGUGUUUGUGUUUGGUGAUUAAUAAUUAAGAUGUGGUGCGACUACAUCUUAAAAUGGUUCGUAUGAAUGCAUGUUAUGUUAUCAAAAUUAUUAUUAUCAUGUGUUAUUUUACAUAUUUAUAUUUUAUAUAGCAACGUAAGAAAGUAUUUCAUGUUAGGAUUGUAAACACAUUCGG